UCCACUCAGUUCUGGUUUCGAACUGUACUGUAUUCCUCUUUUGUGAUUUUUACAAACAGCAAGAGCCUUUGAUUUCAGUGAUUAUUACCCACAGCAGCAGCAGGAGACAAUCCUGACAUAAAGCUGACAUGGCUAAGCCAACAGACUACCUAUUUGAGGAAAAUGCAAAUACAACUUACUAUUACUAUGAGCCUAUUGAUUCUAACUGGUGUGAUAUGAACGACGUCUCUAAAUUUAGUGCUCUCUUUGCAAGCAUCCUGUACUCUGUUACAUUUUUCCUCAGUCUGCUCGGAAAUAGUCUUGUCUUGUGGAUUGUCAUAAAAUACGAAACCCUCCGGUCUUUAACCAACCUGUUCAUCAUGAAUCUUUGCAUCACUGACUUGGUCUUCUCCUGUGCACUCCCUUUCUGGAUCAUGUACGGUUACUAUGGAUGGAUUUUUGGUGAUUUUCUCUGCAAGACUGUGAGUGCUAUUUUCUCUGUCAGCUAUUAUAGUGGUGUUAUCUUUCUAACUUUCAUGACCAUCCUCCGAUACAUGGCAGUGGUAAAUCCCUUGUCAACACUGAGAACUCGGAAAAAAAGAUGUGGAACACUGUUAAGCUCAGCCAUUUGGACGUGCAGCAUGUUAAUUGUGGUCCCUGAGAUUGUUUACACCCAGGUAACAACUGAAACAAAUGGCAAACAGCGCUGUGAGUACAAAGAUUUGAAGUGGAAACUGGUAGAGUUGUGUCAGCAGGUUAUUUUCUUUGCAAUUUCCUUCAUGAUUUUUGCCAUUUGUUACAUCAGGAUGAUUAAGAUUCUGCUUCAAUCAAGAUCACAAAGGAGGCAGAAGACUGUGAGGCUGAUAUUUGCCAUUGUGGUCGUGUUUUUCUUGAGCUGGGCUCCUUACAACAUACUUGGUUUUCUGUAUGAGUUGUCCUCUCAGCAUAAAAUCAAAUUAGACUGUCAAGUCCGCAAGAAUGUUUUCUUUGCUUUCGACAUCAGCCGCAAUAUAGCCUACUGCCACUGUUUCCUCAACCCAGUGCUCUACGUCUUUGUUGGAGUGAAAUUCAGAAAGCAUCUGAAGCUGCUGUGCAGGCAAUACAUUCAGCGCCUUAGCAGGAUGCCACCCUCCAGCCCCAGAAUUCAUUCUUCACACUUUGGCCCCUAUGAGGAGGCAUCCUUGUACUGAAGCAAUUGCUGAGGGAGAAGCUGAACAAUACAACCAACCUGAGGAAAACAAAAUUACCCACCGCAACUCUUCUGCUAACUGACUGCAGAAGUUCCAGCUGCUCAGUCUGAUUCUCAUAAUUCAAAGGUUUUAGGGAAGAAUCUACUGCCUGGUAGGACACCAGGGAAGAACUUUGUGUAUUUGUUUUUAAUUAAUCAAAUAUUGCUUUAAUGUCUGAAAUAUCAUAAUUAUCAAGUGGCUGAUACACACAAAAUUUGGCAUACUGGUAACAAAUAAUAUUCUGCAAGUUAUACACUUGUACAAAGACAGGUAGUGAUUAUAUACAUUAAAAGCUGAACAAUGUUUGUAUUUUGCAUACAAAAGUUAAAGUGAGUGUUAUUCUGGCUAUACUGUAUAGUGACCAAUUGGAAUGAGAAGGUGUUAUAGCAUUGUGCUGCAAAAGAUCCCAGAUCUUGGCUUUUCAGGCAGUGCUGGGAUAUAAACACCAUCCAAAACAUGAAGACCUACUGCCUGUUGGUAUAGAGUAGACCACUGACUCCCAAACUGUGAAAUGUGCCCCCCUCUGGUACAACAUGAUGAAAUUUCAAGGGAUGUUAUGUGAGACUGCAGUUUUCUUAAAGGAAAAACAAAAAAUCAGCUUAAAGAAAUUAUUGUGUAUCAUAUGGUGUUACUAGUGUAAAGAUUUGUCAAGAAAAUUAUUUCCACAUAUUUUAAUCUAAAACAAUGUUAAUUAUAUUUUGUGCUUAUUUUUAUUCGAAAUUACAAAUAUAAUUAUUUGCAUAAAGGAUGAUCACAGAGAUGGAGAGGCAUGAGGACCUCUCAAAAAUCAAAAAGGUUAUGAUGUUGGGUAGGUGGGACAUCUCUAGAUUUGAUUAUGCUAAGCUAUAGGUAUCAAGAGCCUGAGAGAGUGUAAGACAGUUUCUUAUGUUUCUUAAGCAGACUGGUAAAACUUAAAAUUAUAACCUAAUCACAAUGAAAAGAAAUUAACUAAACACCUGCAGCAGAACAUUUGAAAUAUGCUAUCCCAGCCAACUGGAGUUUUCACAAACUGCCACAAUAUAACGUAUCUGCGCUAUUCUAGUUUUGCAGUUUUACAAUGAUCUGGUGCAUAUACAGUUGUUCUUGAAUCCAUAGGGCUUGUAUUAUUUUUAGAGUUAUGCUUCUGUAUCAUUCCCCCUUUGAUCAAUACUAAAUAAUAUUCAUUUCUGCUCUUAAAGCAAA